GCGCUGUGAGGGGAGGAUGAAGCGGCUGCCAAGGCCUGUGCUGUUUCUGUUUUGCUGAGCAGAGGAAUGGGAUCAGGAUUGGGUGGUUGAUUGGUGAUGAAUUGGAGUUUCCUCUUUGCUUUGAUGAAUGAAAGAACCUGAACCUGUGAGAGAAGAGCAGUUGCUGCAAAAAUAGCACUGUUCAAAGAUUCUGAAUGCUGGGAUGGAUCGCAACCCAUCUCCACCACCAAAUGAUGAAAGCACUGAUGAGACAACCAGAGUUGAUGCAAUUGGGAACACAGUGUACAGCAAGCACUGGUUGUUCAGCACACUCAUGAAGCUGAUUGAGCUUGUCUGUCCAGAAGGUGAAGAGGCAGACAGAUCAGAUUCCAGAACAGAGACAGAACUGGAUGAAGAUCUGGAGAAUGAGAUCUGUAAAAUGUGGGACAUGUCAAUGGAUGAGGAUGUUGCUGUGUUUCUUCAGGAAUUCAAUGCUACAGACAUCUUGCUGGGGAUCAUUGGUAAAUCCAAGUGUCCCCGACUAACGGAGAUUUGCGUUGGUAUCCUGGGAAAUAUGGCUUGUUACAAGGAGACCUGUCAGGCAAUCAGUAACAAUGAUAAUCUUGUUAACGUUUUGCUGUUGCUACUAGGAGAUUCUGACCCGCCUACUCUUUUGGAGACUAGCAGGUUAAUACUGGGCUGUCUUUCUCAGCCAGAUGUGUCCAGCAUUUGGGUUGAUCAAAUCCACAAGCAACACUCUGUUCGGGAGAAUGUAUGUUUCAUAAUGCAGAGCUCCACAAAUGCUGAUUUGUUGGGGAAGAUUGGUGAGGUGGUCGAUAAACUCUUUGAUUUGGACAAGGAACUAAUGCUAAGCUGGGUCGUGGAGUCAAAGGGGUUGGCUAAUGCAUCAACUAUAGAAAAAGAAAACUCAGCUGAAACUGCAUUUGUCCCUUGCUUAUUGGAAGCAGCCAGACAACUCAGGUCAGACAGUAUUGAAGGGUUAGAAGUUUACAUGCAUAUACUACAGCUGCUCACUACAACAGAUGGAGGAAUGCAGGCAAUAGUAAGAACUCCAGACAAGGCUGAGACAACCUGGACUUUACUGUAUGACAUAGUUCGCACUGAUCUUUGUCAGGAUGAUGACCCAGCUAUCAUUGUAGAGGAGCAGGCAAGUGUGUUGUCCUCCACUCUGGCUGUCCUUUCAGCAAUAUUUGCAUCAUGCAUGGAGGAGAAUUACAUCAAGAUUGAGCGAAACCUUCCUUUGCUUGAUACGCUGCUGCGAGUUUUGUUCUAUGCAGAGGAAUCUCAAAAGAGACCAUCAGAGAGAACAAGGAGACCCAGCACAGACAAGUGGUCUGUGCCAUCUCCGAUAUCUGGUACCCAGAAAGGGAAACAGCGGGAAGGAGACUUUCACUUGAAAAUUCUCCUAGAUAUCUGUUGUGAAUUUCUCUCUGAAAUCUUCAUGAACAUUGGAAAGGAGAUUGUAUCAAAAAGCUUUAAAGAAGGAUUCCUGAGCCAAGAAAUGUGUACUUCUGCUUUUCGCCACCUCCUCCCUCAGUAUCAUACAGCUGUUGAAAAAUUCCACACCAUGUUAUUGGAAGUACAACCGGACACUGCGGAACAAUUACUACUGGAAUUUCCCAAUCUAAGAUCCUGACUGGGAGUUGUUGCUGCCACUGACAGGGUGCUAUGUUGUGUGGAGCAGAUGGCCGCAAGACAGAAAACUCUUAAUUGUCUAAAUGCACAUAUCUCUGCCAGACAUUACCUGGCAACAACAACGUUGUCAAUCACAGACGUAUCACAUCAGCACAACUGAAUUUGGAUUUGUGAGGAACACAGAAUCGCAUGUUCAUAAUUGGAUUAAUGUCCUUAUACAGUGUUUGUUUGAGUAUUUAUGCAGUACAUGUGAGGUUUCUUUCUCUUGAUGUAAAUGUGAAAGAGACUAGCAGUUGUGGGAAGUUUCAGGAUUUCUAAAGUUACCGACAAACUUCUGCUCUGUUUAGAGCACCCUGAGAAUGUGACAUCUCAGGAGCAGUUUCAUCUUGAACCAUCCAAGGACAUGUCACAGUUUCAGGGCUAAAAGUUGACACCUAAAGCUGCAGCCUUUAUCUUUAUGUUUACCCUGCUGAAGCUAUGAUGUGUUGAACUAUAAAUGUGCUUUAUCAGCACUAAUCUGUUUACUAUGUUACUUAGGCUGAAAAACAUAAUAUUCAACACACUGCGUAUUUUUCUUCAAUAAAUGUUUGCUUUUCUAUCUCAAUCAGCGGUCAGUGAAUAAAGAAUAUUUAGCUGAUUUGAAGCUUUUCAAUGAGAUGUUUUCACAAAUCCCUUGGCUAAUUUUAGUGAUUAAUGUCCCCUGGCACAGUAAUGUUCAUGGAAUAGCAGCCUCUUUGUGGAAAAAUACUUUUAGACACAUUGUACUGAUGGUGCAGUCGGUGAAGAACCAUUGUCUAGAUCCAAAACUUAGUGAUCCAAAGGUUCCAGUGACCAUCCCUGGUAAUUUGAGUAAGCUGAGUUUGGCCAGGACAACAGUUAGUUUUACAAUUGGUCUACCACCCCUUGUUUGAGUAGGCCAGAAAUUAGCUAAGGAUGCUUCUCCUAAUGGUAUUCCAAUCAUUCUGCUAGAAAAUGUAUUUGAAUAUCAAAUGAAAACAGGAUUGAAUUUAGCACCCACAACUGAAUAGCCUGUUUACAUUUUUUUUAAGAGGGUCACAGAGAUGUACAGCAUGGAAACAGACCCUUCGGUCCAACCCGUCCAUGCUGACCAGAUAUCCCAACACAAUCUAGUCCCACCUGCCAGCACCCGGCCCAUAUCCCUCCAAAUCUUCCCAUUCAUAUACCCAUCCAAAUGCCUCUUAAAUAUUGCAAUUGUACCAGCCUCCACCACAUCCUCUGGCAGCCCAUUCCAUACACUUACCACUGUCUAUUUAUCCUAUCCAUGCCCCUCAUAAUUUUGUAAACCUUUAAAAGGUCACCCCUCAGCCUCCGACGCUUCAGGGAAAACAGCCCCAGCCAGUUCAACCUCUCUCCGUAGCUUAAAUCCUCCAACCCUGGCAACAUCCUUGUAAAUCUUUUCUGAACCUUCUUUAGUUUUUGUUUAUGAACAAUGGCUAACCAGACCAAACAGUAACCUUGAAUUAAAAUAAUGCAAGUGCAUUCAGGAAAGAAGUGAAAAGAAUAUACUCUGUAUACAUGGUAUAAUCUGUAUUUGGGAAUUAUUAUUAUAAUAGUGAGGCAGGCAGACAGAAAAUUUGCUUAUCAUGUACCACAGAAGUGAGAUCUAAAGCUUCCUUUAUAUUUCUUCUUUACGUGCUUCAUUCCCAACUUCAGAAGAACAGAUUCUCUUGCACUAGUGUAACAUUUUACCAUUUGCAUUUAUAUUUUUAGAAGAAGUUAAUGAGGUAAGUUCAGUGUCAAUGCCAAAUUGUGACCGUAUUUAAACUUUGUGGAGAAAUUAAAUAGGUGGGAUAAGAACUGGGGACUGAGUAUAUCUAUGUAUAAUUAAUUCUAAUCUCUGUGUUUCUGAAGUUCUCCCCAUUGUAAAUUUUAGUGUCUAUUAUUAUAAAGAAAUUUGUGUGUGCAAAUUUGCCACACAGUCAUUACAUAUUCCACCUUAAUACUACAGUAACAGUUUCUACAUUCUCCCAACUGAGUGAAGAUGCUUUUCCCUGUACUCCCCCUCUAGUGGUAACAAUGUCACUAUUCUCCAGAGGCUAUAAUUAGAGUUCAAUGGAAAUAUUAAAAUAUGCCAUAAACGCACAACACCAAAGUACGACAUAAGCCAUUUGAUGCAAAGUGCAAACGUUAGGCUAGCCACAUUACCCUUUGCAUCACUGUAUUGUUUAAAUAGGAAUAAAAUAAAACAGAAUAGGAAAUACUUGUAAUGAAUUAGAAAAAUAUCUUAUGAAGACUUCACAAAUAAAGAAAAUAUUUAAUGGAAAUAAGCUUACAACAGAUCUUAUUAGUGCUGAAUUAACUCCUCUUUGAGAGGCAGUUGGGGUGUUCAUGACCUCUGCAUUCAGAUGAAGAAAUAUUAGGCAGGGAUUCAACCUAAAUUAUCAUUCAAUUACGCAUUCUGUAAAGUGUGAGAAAAGAAUUGAGUAUAUCUUAAUAUUCAAAUAUUCUGCACACUGUGAUGCUUGUGAUUUUAAAGUAAUUAAUUGAGUAAGAUAGAUGGCUGCCAACAUUUGGUGGAUUUACAUUCCAGCAAGAGUCAUUACCUUCAGAAAAUGAGGGAAGAGAAUUGAAUAAAAAUGUUUUUAAGACUGUAAAUCUAUAUGUUUAUGCUAAUUAGUCUUUUAGACAGCAGUAUGAGCCCAGGGAUUAGAGAUGCAACCCGCAUAAUCAAGUCUUCCAAUAUUCUAGUCUUCAAAAUAUUCUUAUCAAGUAAUUCUGUUUUUCCCUGUAUACGUCUGAUUUGUCAAGAACGUUUCUUGUAACACUUGUAGUUCUUGUCCUGAACUCAGCGCUACUUUCAUUGCAGACAUCAUAUUGCAAUCAACAGAGACACUGAGUCUUUAUAAGGUCUUUUUAAAGCAUUUAGGGGCCAUGAAGAAAGUGCAGGAAUAUGGUAUUGAGAUACGCGGUCAGUGUGAUUAUAUUGAAUAGCAGAGUAGAAAUGAAAAGCUGAAUGGUCUACACCUAUGGUUUUCCACUCAGGUGGGCUGUAAAAUUGGAUUUCUGUCCCAGUGCAUCUUUCAACUGAGAUUUUAAAGCAAGGCCCCAUUCUUCUAAGUUGAUAUAAAAGAUCCCAUGGUACUAUUAAGUACAGCAGAGGUUUCAUUCCCAAUGUUCUGACAAUAUUUAACCCUCAACUAAUAUUACAAAGAAACAGAUUAUCUGGUCAU